AUGUCACACCCCCGCCCCAAUGCACGACGAUGCCCCGCCAUGAGUCCGGUGGUCCCGCCCCGCCCUGCCGAGCAGGAUUCGGCGCAUUCCCAGCGCUCCCAGCGCCUGACCGCCGAGAGUGGUGGCCCUCGCCACCCCCCGGCCCACCCCGUGCGACGUGACGCCGCUACCGCGGGCCCGUCCCGCGCCCCCGAUGGCGCAUCCCGCCCCUCGCCGGCCUCCCCGCCGCGAGACCCACGCAGGAAUGUUGCGCAGGCCCCGCCGCGUGACCCCCGCCCCGCGCAGGCUUCUCAGCCGCGUGACCCCCGCUCAUCGCAGGCUCAACAGCCGCGAGAGCAGCGCCCAGCGCAAGCUGCGAAGCGUGAGCAGCGUGCCGCUCCAGCCUCACCGCCGAGGCACUCCCGCCCCGCGCAGGCGUCGCCCCCGCGCGACCUUGGCCCCGUGCGCACCUCGCCUCCGCGCGAUAGUUUCGCCGCGGAGCCGCGAGCGGCGCCACCAUCGCAGUCGUGUGGCGACAGUCACAUGGCUGCACCCCCCGCACCGCAGGCCCCCUCCCCCGCGCUGGCCCAUAGCCCGCGCGUAUUGAGUGGGACCUACUUAGCCGGUGCAACCGGCUUUCUGCCGGCCUCGCCGCCGCCGGAGGUCCACAUCGUGGCCCCCGCACCCCUCGGGCACCCUGCCCCUGCCCCCUCACCCCUGCCCACCGUAGAGCCGUGCCCUAUGGUGCAAGGCACGAGCCGAGGCACUAUGGGGCAAGACAUGCGUCAGGGCACAACCCCGACGACAUCACCGGCGGGGGAUAUGCCCCCCCCGCCCCCCUUCCCUGCACUUGCCGCCAAGCGGCCCCGCCCGGAAGCCGCGACGGGUGUCUCACCUCCCGCGAAACGAUCCGACCGACAGGUAUCGUACGCGGAGGUGAGCGCGAGGCCCGCCGCCCCCCGCACGACCCCAAUGGAGACAGACCCCGCUGCUCCUGCGCGUGCGUCACCGCCGCCGCCCCCGCCUCCCCGCUACCCCCCGCUAGUUGUAGAAAAACUAGACGGCUGGGUAGGACAUUUCAAGAAGCUCACUGAGCUCCUAGGGCACGCGCCGAACGCGAAACCCUAUGGAGCCGGUGUUCGCUUCUCCCCCCGCACUGAGGGGGAAUACCGCAUCAUAGAGCGGUACCUGAACCAGCUGGAGGGGCUCAGCUGGUUCUCUUACUCGCUACCAGCGGAGCGAGCUCUAAAGGUGGGCAUCACCGGCCUGCCCACCAACACCACCCCCGAGGACGUGGUAGCCGGGCUUGGGGAGCUCGGCUACAUAGCGGAACACGUCACCAAGGUGUCGGCCAGGGCCGACAGACCUGGGUGCAUAUUUUUCGCGCUCCUCACCAGGACACCGGACCUCACUCCCGGCAUAUACGAAGUAACGCAGCUACUUUGUAUGCCGGGAAUUAAGAUCUCCGCCUGGCGAGGAAGAGGGAACCCCGCCCAGUGCCACCGCUGCCAACAAUUCAGGCACUCGAGCCUGAACUGCCGCCGCCCUCUGACCUGCGUGCGCUGUGCCGGAGGGCACUACGCGCGUGACUGCCCCGUCCCCCGCACCGAGAGGCCGACGUGCGCCAAUUGCAAAGGGCCGCACGCGGCUAAUAGCAAGAAGUGCCCCAUAUAUAUCGCGGAGGCGCGCAACAGGCAGGCUGGCACGGUCUCUAGAACCGGUGCCGCCCGCCCUACCCGCCCUAGCCGCCCUGACAUCGCACCUUCCGUCCCGGAGCAGGAGAUGCCCCCGCCCCCGCCCACCGCCACCUCACUCAUGGCGGAGGCCAACGACCCCACCCCCCGCCGCACCCCUUCGACGGCCCAGGAGCAGAGGCCGAAGAAGAAGAGGGUGCGCAUCAGGAAGAGGGUGAGGCCCACCUCCUCUUCGGCUGCGCCGACGGACUCCGAGGUGGAAAUGUCGGCGCCCCCCGCUUCCGACCGCGAGGACACGGCCGUGGCCCACCCGCGGCCGCAACGCCCGCCGCGCACCCCGCGCACCCCGCGCGCCCCGCGCGCCCCCCGCGCCCCUAGGGCGCCUGAGGACGUCACCGCCGCUACCAGGGCCGUCAGAGGCGCUGCCCCCGCAGCCCCCGCGACCGCCCCCGCUACCGCACACCGCCAGCCCUCACGCGGGCGUACCGCAAGGGCCUCCGACAGGGGCGAUAUUGCUCGCCCAACUCGUACUCCCGGCGCCCCGAUGCACGCCCAGGGGCGUACACCGACGGACCCAGACAACCUAGCAGGGUUGUCAGUUUUCCAGCUCAUACAGCAGCUGCUCUCCCUGGCCAUGGACACCUAUUCUAGGAUCCAAGCCGGGGAGGAGACCCUGACAACCCUUCUGCAGGCAUUCCCUGCAGCAGCCGCCAUCAUCACCGCCCUAAUUUCCCAAUGGACCCCAACGCCCCAAAGAGCCUGA